AAAUAAAACCUGUUGAUUUGCAUUCGAUUGUAAGCUGUACGAUACAACAUACACACAUCCAACAAUGACAGGAACUAGUCAUUUACACAUUGCAUUGUACGGCAUUUUACUAUGUGUAAUGCAGGUAGUCUGUCAAACUAGUCAACCAACAUUAACAGAUGUGAGGAAGGAUUUAAUCGACCUUGAUUCAUAUGUUGAAAAUAAACUGAAAGCUAUCGAUACAAAGAUACAACAAACAGCAUGCUACAACCAAGGUCACACGAUAGUUACAUUUCUAGCACGUCUGUUAAGUCCAGACUAUGGUACUAUUGCUGCUAAAGCUACUUUAAAGUUUGAAAAAACAACAGAAAACAUUGGAAAUGGAUACGAUAACAAAACCGGGAUUUUUACAGCUCCAGUCAAAGGUCUUUAUCAUUUCACUGCUUCGGCAAGACAAAGUCGGAGUGGAUAUUUGCACUUGGGAUUGUUCAGAAACGACGAAGAAAUGGCAGUAUCCGUUGGGAUGAAUUACAAUUCUUUAACAAUUGGUGCAACAUUUACGCUACAAUUUGGCGAUAAUGUUCUCGUAAAGAACAUAUGGUCUAAAUCGUCUGGCAUUGUUGGUGCUGGACAGACCUAUUUUUCUGGUCACCUUGUACACGUUAUGUAGAGAAUAAAAAGAGGUACAUUGCA